CGAAAUGAUCUCGUCCGGACGGCUGUUCCCUGCAGGCCGGCCGGACACGAAUGAGACUCAACUAAACUAUGUCUAUUAUAAAUCAUUUUCAUUUAAGCAAGCGGCCCUUUCGCGAGUCAAACAGGCGGUACACUUUCCUGCUCGCAUAGGCUCAAACGGGCGGGGCUCUCUAUUUAAUUGCAAUGCCGGCGGUUGAGGCGGUUCGCCUUUAGUUAUUUCAGUUUACAUCCCAGACAUAAAUUAUCCGAUAGUCCCUUCAAAAAAAAAUAAUUUAUGUCUACCGUCUCCGAACCGCACUAGUUAUUCCCAGAUUCGCCCUAGCUAUUUAUGUACGGAGUAAUGGUUUAUGGCUUUGCCGCAGUAGUUAAGCUCUUUUGAAACUCUAUAAACGCGCGCUUUAUAAACCGCUAGAAUUGAAUCUGGAAUUCUGACUGUACUUAUCUGUAUUUUGCAUUCCUUCUUCGUUCAUACUAAUACUAAUCCAUUUUUAACAUCUUAAAUGUUGUUGACACUUGAGACUACUUUAAUCGCCAUAUCCUAGUUCUGUAUCUUAGUGGAUUAGUUAUAAAAUAUUUGUUCUUUAAUUGCAUAUAUUCAAGCUGCUGCUGGGAUGCAGGCUACGAGAAGCAUGGAUAGAUUCAGUGAACUUCCCUCGAAAAUACUUGACAAGAUAUUGGGAUUAUUGGCCAUUCAAGAAGCUGCUAGAAUGGCCAUUUUAUAUAACUUCUGGAGAGAGAUGUGGUUCAAUCUUAGGGAUCUCAAUUUUGAUUGUAACUUCUUUCAUUACAUUGAGAGGAAAUAUUCAUCUGCUCACAGUGAUGUCAUGACCAAAACAACAAAAUCUGAAAUGAUAAAUAGUGAUGUCUUGACCUCUGCUGGCAUGCAUAUAGUCAACAAAGUUCUCAUGCAGCACCAUGGUCAUAUUCGCAAAUUUGAAUUUUCAUUUAUUCAUCAUGGGAGAAGUUCGAUUACAUCACGGGCAUUUGACAUUGAUCAAUGGCUCCUUUUGAUCACACGAAAAGGUGUUGAACAACUCGAUAUUCGUUUUCUAGGAGAAAAAGAUGAAUACUCACUGCCUAAAUGCAUAUUCUCUUGUCCAACACUCGAGAGAUUGUGGAUCCAGGGAGUCUCUGUUGAACCAUUAAAUAUGCCUUGCAUAUUCCCAAAUGCCACCUCACUUGCUUUUGUAAAUGUUAAAUUUGAGCCUAAUGAUGCUCUAGAUUGCAGGGUUAAUGUUCCUACGCUCGAGAGACUGUUGCUUAUCGGAUGUGAUAACAUGUUCAGUUUUAACAUUACUGCACCGAAACUCUGUGAUUUAAAGAUUCAUUCUUGUUGGUAUGAGGAGUGCAGUGGUUUUCUCCCAGUUCACUUGGAUUUGGGAUCUGUUAGGACUCUUGAUUUAGAUGCCCUUUCUCUCAAGAAAUUUGUUGAAGACUUCCCAAGCAGUGGACCACAACUACAACCACAUGAACUAAAUGUGGAGUACCUCUAUUUAUCAAAUCCAUAUAAUGAAGAUGAUGCUUCCUCUGCCUUCAUUCAUUUGUUGAAAUUAUGUCCAAAGUCUCAUGAAAUUUAUAUGGAUAUGGCGUUUGUCGAAGCUCUGAGAGAUUGUUUAGGCACAAAGUCAGAGAAUUCAAAGGAACUUUAUCGCGUGGCAAAAACACACAACUUGCUUCACACUUUGAGUAUUGAUUUCUUUGAUGCAUGUGAGAAUUAUCUACCUUUGGUCAAGGGGCUACUUUCCUCCUUUCCAACACUUGUGAAGUUUGUCAUAAACAACCUCAACUCUGAAUUUCAUAAACAGAUUUUGGAACUUCCCAGAAACGUUGAAAUGGAGGUUGUGAAUUUUGAAUAUUGAAUGAUGUUUGGAAUUUGUGAUUGGCAGUGUAGGCAUUGCGUUUGGCAUUUUCUAUCAUUUCAAUUAAAUCAAUGAUUUAUGGAUAGCGUAGCCAAUUAUGGGUAGGCAGUAGUUUCGCUACAAACUCUAUCAAGUUACAGUAUAAUAUAAACAUUGUUUUGUUGUUGAUGCUAAUUUGGCUAAUAACUAC